AUGGUUAGCGGAAAAGAUGAGACAUCAGUACAGGGGUACGCAGAGUGCCUGAGAAAGCUAUAUGGAACACAUUCGCUAAAACUGGGACUAGAAAGAACCAAGGUACUAAGCGAGUGCUUCGGCAACCCAGGGGAUACGUACAAGACGGUUCAUGUGGCUGGGACGAAUGGAAAAGGCUCCGUGUCACACAAAAUAAGUAUGUGUUUAAGAAUGCGUAACUACAAAGUAGGUCUCUUUACAUCACCACAUGUGUUCUCCAUAAGAGAAAGAAUGAAAGUAAAUGAUGAGUGCAUAUGUCAAGAAGAAUUUGUCUCUCUGGUUCAAGAUGUUCUGAAAAAAGCAGAGGAGCUGGACAUGAAUCCAACAUUCUUUGAAAUAAUAACAAUCGUUGCAUUUCUGUUUUUCAAGUCGAAGAAGGUAGAUUAUGCAGUUAUUGAGACGGGGAUUGGAGGUCGACUGGAUGCAACGAACAUUCUGAAGAAGCCCGAAUUAGUUGUUAUCACGUCCAUUGGUUAUGACCACCAACAAUUGCUAGGAGAUCAUCUCAAUUCUAUUUGCGAAGAAAAAAUCGGCAUAAUUAAAGACAGCACAAAUGUUAUCAUUGGUCCUUCUGUAUCGAUCUAUAAAAGCGUCUUCAACAGAGCCAAGGAUUUGAACUGUGUCCUUCAUGUCGUACCACCAGAACCUCGUGGAGAAUCCUUUAACGAGGAGAAUACAAGAAUAGCAACAGAGGCACUCAAGAUAUUAAAGGUGAAUAUCUCCUCGGAUCCUAUUUUGAAAACAGUCGUCUCUCUUAAGCCUCCACUAAGGAUGCAGUACCUUGCUAUUGAACAGGUUGAACAUGUUAAGAAGAAAAUAUCUCCAUCUUUUGGAAUUUCCACUAAUGCGAAUGCAAAGAGUAUUGGCACCUGCCUCCCCUUAGCUGUCAUCCUAGAUGUCGGUCACAACGAAACAGCUAUCAAUCGGCUCUGCCAAGAAAUAAACUAUUUCCACAAGGGAAAGCCUAUACGGGUCUGUGUCUCGGCGACCCGCCCACGUAGCUUGGCAAUCUUUCAGCCCCUCGUUGCGCACUUCCAGGGAUUCCUCCAGGAUAUUCUCUACCUCCCCUGCAUGAACGAACGCACAUACGACUUCUGUGAAGUUUCGAACAUGCUCAGUAAAGAUGAACAAAUAACACAAGAACUGCGCGGGCAUUUACUCCGCAGUGCAGAGAAGGUAACUUCGUGGCUGGAAAAUGCCCGCAAGGAGGACUCAUCGGAAGGAAACCUCUACACACGUGGCAUAAUCCCCCUGAUUGUGAAGAAUGCCUUCCUGAAUUGUUGCCAGGAAAAUUCCAUUUUACUUAUCUGUGGAACCUUUUUCAUGUUUGAAGAAGUUCUAGCCGUCCUUGAUAUCCACUCGGAUCUGCAGGACCCCAUUUCGAUGAACGAACCAUCUUCUACUUGA